UGGCGUUCAUUCUUUAGCCUACUAGAACGGCCUGAACUCCUGGAAGCGCAUGACCCCGCCACGAAUCUUCUCACAUAUAGCAUAGCUCGCCAAUACCGGGAAAAGAGGAGACACAACUUAUAUAAGCAACUCGCUACCAAUCAGAUUUAGUUUGGUGUCUUUUUCCACUGCAAAACUAGGCCUAUAUUUGACUCAACUGAACUUUCACAUCACUCUGUAGGCGCACGGUGACCGUGGUGCGUAAAAGGACACUUCCAGCGCGUUUUGCUUCAUCGGUCUACGGUCUCUUUUCUACGGUCUCUUUAUUUGAACACGCCCCAGGCAGCUGGAAUGAUAUGACCAUUGGCCAUGUCCAUUUAGCAAAUUUAGACUAUUUUGUUUGUUGACAAAGUCUGAGAACAACGAAAUAUGUUUCCUCUGCCUAUGUUCACCCCGGAGCAAGUGGCUCGGGUGUGCGAGAACCUCGAGGAGACCGGCGACAUCGAGCGCCUUGGGCGGUUCUUAUGGUCCCUGCCUGCCGCUGUCCCUGGCUCCGCGGGGGAGGCUCUCAACCGCCACGAGUCAGUGAUGCGCGCCAGGGCGCUGGUUGCCUUCCACGGAGGAAACUUCGAGGCGCUUUACCAGAUCCUCCAGAGCCACCGCUUUACGCGAGAUUCUCACGCCAAGCUCCAAGAUCUGUGGCUGGAUGCGCACUACCGCGAGGCGGAGCGGCUCCGAGGCCGUGCCCUGGGACCCGUGGAGAAGUACCGCAUCCGAAAGAAGUUCCCCCUGCCUCGCACCAUUUGGGACGGCGAGCAGAAGACGCACUGCUUUAAGGUGAGACACCAAGCUGAGAGAACUCGCAGCCUGCUCAGAGAGUGGUACCUCCAGGACCCGUACCCAAACCCGUCCAGGAAACGGCACCUGGCCCAGGCCACGGGACUCACACCCACACAGGUCGGCAACUGGUUCAAGAAUCGACGCCAGAGAGACAGGGCUGCAUCGGCAAAGAACAUACUGCAGCAGGACCCCACCCACCUGCCUUCCGAAAGCUCCCCUGAGGGUUCUGCCCAGGAGCAUCACGCCCACCACCCCCGCCUGCUGGCCGCCUCUCCGCGUCACCCGGGCAGCCCAGAGGCCAGCGACUGCAGCACGAGCACCGACCCCCGGGGCACUGGCACCUCCACCCCAGACCACUCCGUUAGCAGCGACAGCGAGUUCGAAUCCUGAGGGUCGGGUCACUGACCACAGCAGGAGAGAGGCUCUCAUUGGUUAAUUAAAUCCUGAAGAGAGAGGCUGUCAUCAGUUCUCAGCCAGGAAGGACCGACCCCACAGAUAUAUAGAGACAAUAGACACUGUAGAACUACUAUGUCUGUAGCUUGAGAUUGGACACUUGGACAGGAAGUUCUCUAUGAGAGACUUGAUAUGGACACUUGAUAUGGUUGCUAGUGGACGAAUGGGGAGGGGUGGGGGAUUGGGAAUUAGACCAUCUACAAACACAUGCACUUAAAAUGCACCAUCGCACAUGACUGUAAGGUAAACUGUUACUAAGUACCGUAUGACUGUACUGCUGACUGCUAUAAAAACCCACUACAAUUCUGUGUUCUGUAGAUUUGGACUGGAACGUGGGUCAGCAGCGAUAACAUAUUCUAGGACAGCAAUAACUAUUCUCAGGCACGUUAUUUAUAGAAAGAAUAUAAACAUACAAAGUCGUAGAGUAAUUACUGAGCUUGAAUUAUAAUAUUAUAUGUUUUGAUACUUAAUGGUUUCAACUCAUCGGGGGUCUAUUUUUGAGUAGUCGAUCAUUGAGCGUUAGCUUUAAUCCCAUUUCUUAAUUAGCCCCUUACAAUGACCACUGCCUUCUGUAGGCUGUUGGUUUCCUACAUGAUCUGUCGUUGGUGGACGCAAAACUGCUUGAUUGGAUUGGACAGGUCUGCAUUUCUCUUCAUACACGUCACUGCCUUAAGAAGGAAGUAUAUUGGCAUCAGGGCCCCAAUCUUCUAGUUUGGCUAACAUUAGGCACCGUUGCAGACCAUAACUGUCUCUAAAGCUAACACAGCCUAAAAAAAUGGUCUCUAGACAAUCUUGUAAUGCAUGGAUAAAGACAUUACAUGGUGGUUUAAAUGUUUUCCUGUAUUAUGAUAAUGCGACUACUGUAUAACAAUGUUGAUGUGUAUCCAAAACAUCCUCAUUCUAACAUUAUCCAGUUCAAACCUGUUAUAUCCUUUUAGACUGUGGUUUGAGGCAUCUUUCAGUGUGGAAUCCUCUGUGCAGAUUUCACUAGAGAUGUCCUUGCAGGAAUUGCCUGUCAGAGCAAAACAAAGUAAGUGGGAUAAAAAUGAAAGCAAGGUUGAUAAAGUGAAGCACAACUUGGUCUUAACUCAUUGAUGUGCCUAUAAACGUUUAUGGACUGAAUGACCUGUUUAACAUGAUCGUUUCAACUUUAUAUAUUUUUAAUUUAACCAGGAAAAUCAGCUAAGAACAAAUUCUUAUUUACAAUGACGGCCUACCGGGGAACAGUAGGUUAACUGCCUUGUUCAGGGGCAGAACCACAGAUUUUUACCUUGUCAGCUCGGGGAUUCGAUCCUGCAACCACUCGGUUACUAGUCCAACGCUCUAACCCAGGAGUGGGAAAUUCCAGUCUCCGAGGACUUGAUUGGUGUCACAGUUUUGCACCAGCCCCAGCUAACACAACUAACUCCAAUAAUCACUUAAUCACGAUCUUCAUUGAUUCAUCAGCUGUGUUUACUAGGGAUGGAGAAAAAGUGUGACACCAAUCAAGCCCUGGAGGACUGGAGUUGCCCACCCCUGGUCUAACCACUAGGCUACCUGCCACCCCAUAUAGGCCUACCCAUAUAAAUAUCACCAUACAAUACAUCGUCAUGGGAUUCAUUCUUAGAAAAAUAAGUAUUUUGUAAAAAUGUGUCUGAUGUAUGCAUUUGGAAUAAAUGAAAGUAUUUUUAUCCAAACCUGCUGAAGUCUGUGAACAACGAGUCCACAAGUGUUUCCAGGAUUGAACCAUAUUGUUUGUUUGUUCGGGAGGGGGGCUCAUAUGCAUUGUGUUUUCUGACAAAUAAUUUGCUGAACUCUAAACCUUAUCUAAAUCUUAGAAUUAAUAAUGUUACAAAUGAGGAGACUAAACUGCAUAUUGAUGCAACGGUUGCCAAGAUGGGGAGAGGUCUGUCCCUGACCAAGCACAACUCUGCUUUCUUGACAUCACAAUCAACCAAUCAAGUCCUAGUUUUAUCACACCUGGACUACAGCCCAGUUAUUUGAUCAAGUACUGCAAAGAAGGACAUAGAGAAAUUACAGUUGGCCCAGAACAGAGCAGCCCAGCUGGCCCUUCAAUGUACACAGAGGGCUAAUAACAACAACAUGCAUGUCAAUCUCUCCUGACUCAAAGUACUGUAGAGGAGAGGUUGACUGCAUCACUACAUGUCUUUGUGAGAGGUAUUGAUGUGUUGUCAGCACUGAGCUGUCUGUCCAAACGACUAGCACACAGCUCAUACCCCACAAGACUUCUUCACAGCCCCCAAAUCCAGAACACAGGCUAGGAGACGCACAGUACUAUAUAGAGCCAUGACUACAUGGAACUCUCUUCUGCAUCAAGUAACUCAAGCGACCAGUAAAAUGUUACUUAAAAACAGAUAUAAACAAAAUACACCUCAUGGAACAGCAUGGACUGUGAAGACACACACGCACGCACACACACACACACAGAUAUACUCUACAAUCAGACACACAUUGUGAUAUUGUACAUUUUAAAUUGUAAAUGUGUAAUAUAGGAGCAAUAUACAUUUGUAUAAAGCACAGGGUCUUGAAUGAUGUAUUGUUUUAUUAUGAUGUAUUGUUAUAACUCUGGUUGGACUCCAGGAAGUGUAGCUGCUGCUGCUAAUUGGGAUCCUAAUAAAAUACUAAAUAUGUGCUGGUUUCUAAAGGCUUACGACAACUA